UUCAAGUUCUGCCAUGCCCACGGACGCCCCUGCCACCCGGCGACAAGCUACGUCGCCCAAUAACGAGUCCCUGAGGCUCAAGAAAAGGGAGUCAGACCGCAAGGCCCAGCGCAUCUCACGCGAGAGGACCAAGAGCCGCAUCGCCUAUCUCGAGGAUCUUGUUCAGAAGCUGAGCAGCGGAGAUGAUAACGGCAAGACCUUAUCAUUAAUGGCCCAACUGUCAGAGGUAACGGAGCAGCGGGACUCGCUGGUUCGCUUUCUUGAUUCCACAUCCUCGUCCUUGACUAAGCGUCUCUCCGAUGCGAAGAACUGGGAGAGCAGGACUUCACCCGAGGAGCAGCCUCAAGUACAGCCAAGCGUAUCUGGUACUAUUUACAGGGAAUUCCCUGCGUUGCUACCGGACUUGGUGGAGACUUUUCCGGCCGACAAUGAGCUUGGUCUGUUUUCGCCUGACUUCGCUAGGACCUUCCCGACCCCAAAGGACAGAGCAUUAGACAGCGACCAGACAUGUAUUAACCAAGAGUUCGGGACAGAGCAAGAUCACCUCCUGCCUCCAGCUACGUACAGUGUAUCGCAUGGCUACUCCGUUGUUAACGCGAUUCCAGCCGCGUCAGCGUCAGCAUCAGAUCAGAAAUCCCAUUGCGAUUGUACUUCCUCAGAAACAAGGCGGCUCUCGGAUGGAUCAGUGGUUAGCCGAAACAUAUGGCAAGCGGGCAACCAGGCCUUAAAGGACCCUUCACUCCUAUCGGCCUCGAUGCUUGAGCUAGAACACAACGCCAGUGAUGAUGUCCCAAUACGCGUUGUGCUUUAUGGCUGGGAUCAUCUUGCGCAGUCGGGGAAAAUGACAUUACUUUGGAAGAGGAUUCGGCACCUCGACGAGAUUUGCUUUUCUGCUUGUGGCCAGGUAGAGCGUCUUGCCGUGAUUCACAUGGUUCACCGCUACAUGCGCGCCUACGCCAACCCAACAUCAGCCAACACUACCAUUUUGCCGCGAUGGUAUAUGAAAUCUACGUCAUCACAGGAUAGCUCUGGCCAUCCGGCCGUUGACUACCUUGCCUGGCCGUCCCUACGCCGUCAAUUUAUAGACUACCCGCAUCGAUACUGUAGUAACCUAUUCUGGCACAUGUUUGGAGAGCACCUGCGGAUCUCAUGGCCCUACGAAUUCCGUGAUGCAUAUAUCAUCAACGUAGGACUCGGUAGGUAUAGCCUUUCGUCCCUAUUCAGGGACACGAUCUCCAAUCUCGGCUCUUGGGCCAUGCAUUCGGAUUUUUUCUACCAUUUCCCUGCACUUGCUCAGGACGUGCCCAAGUUCCAGCAAGAUAGUCUUCCCGUUACUAUUCAUUCUUUGCGUUUUCAGCCCAACUCAUUAGGGUACCUGUCUCAAAGUCGAACUCCGUCACAUCAGGGCACUCUUAAGGAUACGCGUGGCACAAUUUCUGAUGCUUCUAAGGAUGGUGAGGACGAUCAGGGAUGGAGUUGCGAUCCUAACUCUGGGCAUUAUAACUGGUUUUUGGACGACCUUUAGCCUCAAUAUUUACUUUAUAUUCAAAUUCUUUGAAUACCACAGUCUG